AUGAAUUAAAGAUAAAGUAGAUUCAGCAAAAUACAAGCAUUUACUUCGAAACUCUCAGUGUAGUAUUUUCAUUAACUUAUUCCUGAAAUAAUACAUAAAACAAGGAGAUAAAAAAAAUUAGAGCAAAUAGAAGAUUACGUUCAAAUAUAUGAAAUUUAUCUAAAAAUGCUCCUUGGUCAAGAUGUGGGACAUGCAGAUGAAAAACGAUUUUAUUCUCUUAAUAAUAUUACAUAAUAUGAUGAAAAUGCAAUUUUGGAAUUUGAUUUGCCAGAGGCAGUUGUGAGUCUUCCAAACCCAGAUAUGAUUCCAGAUGAAUACGAUUAUAACUUAAGAUAAUUGGAAAUUUUUGAACAAAUUGUAAAGUCUCUUUAAAUUGAUGAUAAAUCAAUCCAUGAUAAACUAUUUAUAAAAGCCAUAGAAAACGCCUUUACCCACUUAGCUGAUCGUAAAAUAUAUUCGUUAUUUGAAUUAAAGACAAGAGGUUUAGAAUCGAAUCAACCCUAACAAAGAAAUACUCUGGUCUUUUUAGGAACCGCUUAAUAAUUAUUUCAAAAAUCCCCAGACAGAAGUCCUCGGUCUUUAAUACUCGUAGAUAAUAAUAUCAAUUAAAUGAAUAGAACUUCUGAUUUUCCUAUUUACAAAAAGGAAGAUCAAUUAACUAAAUUAGUUAAAAAGUUUAGAAAUUAUUUAAAAGAUAACAUCUCACACAAUUAAGGCAGUUUAAAUAAUAUCGCUGAUUGUUUAUAAAUUGACAUGUAGAAAUUAGUUUACGUUUAAAAAAAAGCAUAUAGUCAAGGAGAAUAUUUAAAAUAGUAAGGUUAAUCAUGGUAUCGCACCAAAAACGAAACCUCCGACAUAUUGACACUAAUAAGAAAUGCAAUAAUAAUCUAAUUUUCCAGAAAGGGAUUCAAUGUAAAGUCAUUCAUAUCCAAAGACGGAUACACCAUCUAUUUAUGUUUGUAUAUGUCUGAAAAGAUGCUUGAAAUUGCUGCCGAAAACUUCUAGUUACCAAAGAGAUUGAGUUUUUGUUUUACUGAUCUCCUGUCUUUAGAGCCUGUGGAUAAGUAAUUCCGUCCACUGAGAUUGAAUGGGAGAUUAUGGAGACCAGAUGAAUAUAAUAACUCUCCUUAUUUGGAAUAUUUACGACCUCUGAUUAUAGAUUAAAUAAAAUAGAUUAAUUUCAAAAGAUUAGCUAGAGAGGUAGGCUAGAGUGGUUUGAAUAUAGAAUUAUUUGAAUAUGGAAAGUCUGAUUUAUAUGGGGAUCAAGAUGGUCCAACUGAUGAGGAAUGGACAGCUUAUUAUAAAUAUUUAGUUCAUUUGAACAAGCAUGUUAAAAUCUAAAGAUCUCAGAAUUAGAUAGAUAGCGAUAUAGCUUUGUGCAUAGAUGAAUAAAAGACAGUUGAAGAACUUUAUGGAAUAAGGACCAAUAGGAAAGAGAAAAUAAAUCAAUUUACAGAAUUAAGUGAGGAUGCUUCUGAAUAAAUCAGUUUAAUGUAUGAGAAAGUAAGAGAAUUAAUAGAUUUAUCGAAUAGUAUGCCUUUGAUAAAGGAUCUUCCAAAGUUAAAAACUAUCAAGUUAGUCAAACAACAAUAGUUAGCUCAUAAUUAUUUGAACAUUUUUAAGGAAGCGCUUAAAGUUGCCAAUUGUUCUUGCCAAUAUUUAAAAACAAUUUGGGAUCGGUAUCAUUAAAAACCUUUUGAAUUGUUUGUUCCUUUCAAGAUUACUCUCGUUGGCGAAUCUAUAAAGAAUAUUGCCAAAUACUAACUCAAAUGGUGCAGAUACAUCAAAAAUGAAUAAAAUUAAGUUACACUGUUUUCUAAUAAUGAAAGAUUGAAAUUAGCAUUCUCUGUAAUAACACAAACAAUUAAUAUAAAUGCACUAAUUAAUUUGUAAUUUGUUAAAUAAAUAUACUGUUUACAUGAUUAAUAUGAGUUGUUUGGUUAUUGUAAGAGUAUUCAAAAAGCUGUAAGUGAAGACAAGCUAUUUUAUAAGAGGAAGCCUUUCGAUAUUGCAAGUGAAUGGAAUUUAGAUUAUUUACAUCCAUGGAGUUGCCCAAUAGAAAAGAUUUGUCUCUAUUUUGGCGAGAAGGUUGGCUUAUAUUUUGAAUUUACUUCAUACUUCAUUAAGUUUUCAACUCCCAUGGCAGCCUUUGGAUUGUUGUUCAGUGUUCUGUUGUAUACCUCAUAGGAUUAUGAUAAUGAAGUAUAUACAGCUACCAUGUCUGUGUUUUCAAUUUUAUUAGUUCAUUGGAGUUCCUUUUAGACUGAUUGCUGGUAUUAAUAGCAACUAACAUUUAAUCUUAAAUUUGGAUAAAAUAGAGAUGUAAAAGAAAGCAUUAUACGUAGCUCAUUCAAAGGAUAGAAUAUAAGAUCAAUUGAAAAUGAUCAAUUGAAUUCAAUUGGAGUGAUACACUCUAAGUUCAUUUAAAGAUUGAUUAUUUCUAUUUUCAUCUUAAUAUUUUUAAUUGGAUCAGACAUUGGAAUAUUUGUGGGUUUAUAUUACUUUAAUUUGUAUUUGAAGACCAAAUUGGAUGAUUUAGGAAAUGACUUUUAAUAUUUCGAAGUCAUUGUGACUGCUUCACUGAAUUAUAUAAUCUAAUUAGUAAUAGAUUAAUUUUACGAACAAAUUGCUACUAUUCUAACAGAUUUUGAAAAUUUCUAGACCUCCUAUCAAUACGAAACGAGUUAUAUAAUUAAAAAAUACACACUUUACUGUUUCUCUCAAUUAAUACCUUUGUUGAUGAUUAGUUUUCUCCAUUCUCCUUUAGGAUUAUAUUGUAAGGACGAAAAUUGCUAACAUAAUGUGGAAUACUAUUUUGGAACAACGAUGAUGUGGAUAUUUCUGAUGCAAGUGAUUAGGUUCUUAAAGACUUUCUUUCACGAAUUGGUUAAAUCCCCUUAGAAGUUAUAUCCAUACAACCACUCAACUCUAUGUGAUUUCAUUGAAAAUCAAGAAAAAAGGAUCCCUUUUUAAAAAAGCAUUGAAAAAUAUGGAAAUAUAGAUGAUUAUAUGGAUUUCUUUUUGUAAUUAACUUUGACGAAUAUAUUUGGUUGUUUAUUUCCAUUUAGUAUCACAUUAUUUUGGAUUUGGAAUAUCCUGUAAGUUUAGAUCUCUAAAUUGAAACUUCUUUUUUUGUUUCAAAGACCAUGGCCAAAAGGAGAUGGCUCUUUAGGCAUUUGGGAUGAUUUUUAUUAAUUAAUCAAUUUUGUUACACUUCUAUGCAAUUCUGGAUUGAUUUGCAUUUAUUAUUACGAUAAACUGCAUGAUUAAAUCAUCAUCCUGUUUUUGGGACUGUUGUUUUAUAAUUUUUUUAUUAAAUACCUUACUAAUUCGAUAUUCGGAAAUUCUCCUAUUAUUUUAGAUCAAAUAGUCAAAAGGAGUCAAUAUAUAUUCAAAAGCAACGUUUAGAGUAAAUCGAAAUUGAGUAGGUUAUCCUAAAAAGAUAAUAAGGAGAAAUUUUAAAGAUGUCCCCUUUUUAAAGUAUAUGGAUCAACUAUUUCUCAUACUAAUGAUCAUUUCGAAACUAUUAGUUCUGAAGAUGAAAUCGCUGAUUAUUUUACAAAAAAUAGUAAAUAAAUCUCGAAGAGAUUGGUCUAUGAGGAAGAACUGUUUAAUAACAAGAUGAAUGAAUUGAAUCUUAUAAAUGAGCAGUAGCAACAACAGCAGCAAUUUAUUCAAAGCAAUUAAAAUACCCAGAGGAAAAUACUAGCAGAUUCUUUCGAUUAAUAAAGUAAUUAGUUUAUUGUUCCAGUCAAAGAGUUUUAUAGGUAAGAGACAUUUGUUCGAAAAAAGAUAUAAACUAAAAUGAAGGAUUGCUCUAAAAAGAUAAAGUAGGUUUCGAAAUUGAGUUACGAAUUCUUAUUUAAAUACUAUUCAAAACGAGCUAAUAACGGAGCCUUUAGAAUUCAAUCAUCUUAAAAAGGUGAGAAGUAACUCAUUUUAGACAGGACAAACAUAUGGAGAUUUUUCUUUAAAUUGAGUCUCCUCUCUAGUUAUAAUAUGUUUUGGAGUGAUUAUAGAUUAUUUAUUGCUUAAAGUUAUAUUAAAAGAAAAUCAAAGCUAUUUCACAAUUUAGAUUACAAAAGAUAUUAAAUCUUGAAAAAGAGUUUUGAUAAACAACAUGAGUAUUUUAAAAAUUAGGCUAUGAUGAAGUUUAGAAAACAAUUUCAAUAAUUUGGAAACACUCUUACAUCCGAAGAAGUCAAAGAAUAUAAUGAAUUGGUCUAUAAAUAUCAAAAUUAUAUUGAGAAGAGAUCUUGGUUGAAUUGUAGAAAAGUAUAAAUAUUUAGAUACAAAGGCUUGUUUUUUAGAGGAUUUCGAAAAUAAACUCUAAGGAAGCAAUCCAUUUAAUAUGCAUUGGAAUAUUACGAAGCUACAAAAAAGUUAGAGGAAAUUCAAUUUGAGUCAGACAUUCAUAAGAAAUUUGGAACCAUUGUAUAAUACUCAUCAAUUCAUCAGUAUAAUUUCAAUCAAUUUACUGACUUGUUCAAUAAAUUGGAAUAUGAGUAAAAAAAACAAUUCGUGUUUUCAUCAACAAACAGUAGAACAAUACAAAAAACAUAUUAUUUGGAACCGUUGAAAUCAGAAGUAUACAAGAAUGUAAUUGAUAAGGCCAAAGAUACCUAUAUUUUUGAGCAGCAUUCAUAGAAAGUAGAAGAAUUUGCUUUAUAAUAUUUCAUUGAUGAGAUGAACUAGAUUCCAAAUAUAAAAAUGAAAAAACACGUGCAUGACAUACUUUGGAUAGUCACUAUAGAAGAUAAAGAAUAUCUAAUGUAGUUUUUUUAGGUUCGACAUGGUUAAUAAUUGAAAUUUCAAUAAUAUCACGAUGAUGAAUUGGGAGUUUAUUUGGGAGAAAGUACUAAUUAUAUAAAAUAAUUGAAUAUCCUCGACUAGAUUGAUGACUUUUUUAUCAAAGGAUAUUGCAUAUCAUUAUACUAAUGUUCAGAUUGCAAAAGCUUAUACUAAGUGUUGUAAUUCAGAAAGAAAUACGCCUUAUAUUACACAUUAGAUGAGUUAAGAUAGUUUAUGUUUGCGAACCUAAAGUUGAUGACCAAACAUCAUAUAAUGAAUGUUUCCAUAUACAAUUACAUACUUAUUCAAAAUGAAUACAUGAUUUUGAAUUCAGUUAGCUAGGACAACAAUUAAGUGUGGCAAUUAGUUUAAGUGGUUCUUGAAAUGAUCUAUCUAUAGCCAAUAGAGGAUUUUGCAGAGGCCUUACAGCAUUUGGACCAUCCACUUAAGUAUUUCUUAAGGGAGGUCAUUCAUGCUGACAAAACUCCAAAUUAAAUCCUUGAUAUGAUGUUGGAUCAAAAACCUUUUUGGGAGAUAGAUUUUUAGUUGGCUUAUGUUAAAAAAGAGUAAUCAUAUUAGAUCUACAUGGAGAAUAUGAAGCAUUAAAUCAAUUUCCAUCUCAGAAUCAAGCAAUUCGAUAAAUGCCUUAUUCUUAUCAAAGAAGUAGAAGAAUACCUUAGAAUUACGCAUUAUUAAAAUACCUAAGAAUUAUUGCCCUAUUUUAUUAGCUCAUUUUCCAAAAACUUAAGUCAAUACAUUUUGAGAUCGAAUGAAAUUAAAAAAGUUUUGGAUACUUUAUUGAUAUACUAUUUUAAGAUUUGUGCUCUAUUUGCGCUUAGAAAAGAAUUUGAAAGUGAGAUUACUUAAUUAAUAGAUGGGUUAAGAAGAUGCAGUGCAUAAAUUAGAGUCAUGUUUAGAUAAUUAAGUCUAAAUGUAAAAUUAGAAAAUCUAUCAGAAAUUGAAUAAUGUAUUAUAUUGAAAAGAAAGUUGAAAUAAACUUCUGAAAAGUAAUCCUCUAUUAGUUCAUUUGAAAGAUUGAAUCUCAUAAAUACACUAAGAAAGAAUUAAGAUUAUAUACUUGUAAUCGUUCAAUAUUAGACGUAAUUGCAGAGAUAUCUAAAUCAGUUUUCAACUAUUCAGGCAAUAGAUUCCUAUUUCAACUAAAAUUUUAUAAUGGCUGGUAUCUAAUAUGUGGAGAUAAUAUCCAAUUAAGAAAAGCUAGUCAUAAGAGAGCCAGCUCCUUAAUUCUUAGAUGUUCCUCUUGAUCAUAGUCCAGGAUUAAUUAAUCUGGAAUAAUCAUCCCCUUUAGAGGAAGAAUAAAUAGCAACAGCCAAUACAGAAACGAGAACCAGUUGUUUGAUUAAUGGAGAUAAGUUAUAUUGCACGUAAUUACUUUACUUGAAAUUUUUAUAUUUGAUCAAUCUCUACGACAGUAAAAAUGAAUAAUUUUCAUAUUAUUACAAUGACUUUUUGGAACUAAAUGGAGUAUACGAGCCUGUAUUUAAGUUCUAUCAAAAUCAAUUAAAGUUGUUAAGGAAAGAAGAUAUUCCUGAAUAGGAUUUGGAGGAAGAAAUGAAUUGUGAAAUUGGUAAAUAUUUGUCCAUCAACCUUAUGAAAUGGUGGGAGAUAGGUAAAAAUAAAUAAUUAAAUCUCUUCUAAUCUAAUGAUGAUGAUUUCAUUAAAAGAUAGAUAUUGUUAUUUUCCAAUCUUAAACAAACACUAGAAAAUAGAAAAAUAUUGGUGUCUAAAGUUAGUAGUAAAGCACCUAAUACACUAGAUUCAUAUAACUGUUUAGUUCAACUUAAGAUAAUUUAACAAAUCUUGCAUUUAGAUAACUUCUAACCUAUUAGUCAUUCAAUACCUAGAUAGAUGUAGAGCAAAUAGAUUAGAAUUUCAAUCAAGAUCUCAUAUAUAAGACUAUUGAAGGAAUUACAUAACCAAUUCAAAAUUAAGAAAGACUCUUGGUUUUUCCAAUAAUGUUUGGAGGAAUUACAAAUGUUUUACUUUUUGUCACUUUGUUUUUCUUAUUCACCUAAACACAUCGAAAAUCUUGAUUAAGAAGAAUCCGAAAUAGCCAUUUAUGCUGUUAAAUAAAUUAAAAAAUUUUAAUCUAAACCCAAAUUCUAUUGUUAAAUACUUAAAUGUACUUAGAUAAAUAAUAAAUAAGCAGGAAAGUUUUUGAUAGACUCAAACUUAUCCAAAUAUUAGUAAUAUCAAAUAUUUUGCCAAUUUAUGAAUUGCACUCUUAAAUAGCAUUCCAGUUUGAAAAGCACUAUAGACAUGAUAGAAGAAAACAUGACAGAGGACCUCCAACCAUCAAUAAUAAUUCUUGGUCUACUACACUCGUUCCUCUAUUUACAAUAAUUAGAGAUCGUAGAUUUGAUAUAUUGUUUCACAUCUAGACUACUUCAAUCUUAGGCUUACAUGUUCCAUAGAACACAUCCUGGAUUCGAAAAAGAUCUAUAGAUUGUAGAAAGUCUUUAUAAGGAUUCCACUUAGUACAUUCCUUAUCCAUAAAAAUACUUAUAUGAAUACACAAAUGAGUUUAAAUAUUUUGAUGAUUCCAAGUUUCAUUGCUAAUACCUCUUAUUCAAUAUCUUAAUUAAUUAGGACUACUUUUUGAUCUAAGAAAUUUUGUGCGAGUGCAUAGAACAAUUGAAACAUCAGCCUAAUGUAGUCAGAUACUUGGAUUUAUAUUAAUGUUUUUUGGAAGUUGUCACUUCAAUGACUGGUCAGAUGGAACCAAAACAAUAAUAUAUAAUUAAAUUAAAUGAUUACAAAGAGGGGACUUUAAUGUACGCUCUUUUAGCUCAUUUCUAAUGCAAAUAUUAUAUCAAUUUAAUCGACUAUGAGAAUGCCUUAAAGUACUCGCAUAAAGUUCUUCAAUACAUUAACACAUUUCUUAAAUAGGAAAAGAUCAUAAUCUCUAUUGUGAACAACGUCUUACACCAAGAAUACCCAAUAAAUGCAACUUUAAAGCAACUUAAAAUACUUGAAUAUGAAUACCUAAUAGAUGAAAGCACCGACUCAGAUUACAUUCAUUUGUUUAAUAAUGAACUCAUAAAUGAAGCUAUUUUGAAUCACAUUCGAAUCUUAGUAAACUUAGAAUAGAAGGUACCGAAGAUAAAUCUAUUAUUUUAAUUACAAUUAGGAUUAUAAAAUAGAGUGCAUAUUUCCUAUCUAUAAAUGAUAUACGCUGAAUACUUUAAAUUUCUCUAAGCUGCUGAAGAUUUUAAACUAAUCGGAGAACUUAUCGAUGAUUCCGCUAAUUAAGUUGAAGAUAUUAGGUAGAAAGUAUAAAAUGAAGAAAAGAAACAAUAAGCCUAUUAUUCUUUGAAAUUAAAUUUUGUGGCAGAUGUUACUGAAAUUGAUUACAGAUUAAAAAUUUUGGAUUUUUAACUAAGUGUCUUAUAAGCAUCCAAAAUGGGACUGAAUUAUAAAUUAAUAAAUAAUUGGGCUUCAUAAUGUGCAUAAAGAGCUAUUGAUGGAUAUUUAAAAAUAUUACCCAUCAAGUAACAAAUGGUUCAUCCUUUUGUCUCGAUUAUGUAUCUAAUCUAAUGUGAAUCAUAUUAAUUUUUGAACUAGAUCUAAAAAGCUUAAAAUAUGAUAGAUUAAGCAGAAAUCAGCCUUAAGAGUUGGUUUGAAGAUAAUAAACAUCCUCUUAAAGGUUUGUUCUUCUUUAACUCAGGGAAUCAUUGCAAAUGGCUAUACAAAUAAUAUCUCAGGUGCGUCUAAGAGAUUAUUGGAUUAAAUUAGUUUGAUGCUGUUGAAGUAAAAGUUAUUGUUUAAGGCUUAAUAAAUUAAGAGCCUUAAAUCCUUAAGACUUUUGAUUACUACCAUUCAGGUAUUAUAAAAACAAUUGUUGGCCACUUAAAUAAUUUUAUAUAUUCACAAAUUGGCAAGCAUGUCAGACAGAACAUUUUCUAUAAAUAUACAAUUUCUGAUGCUUAAGAUGUCUUAGAUGACAUUAUAUACAUGAGUUCUCUAAAAGAGCUAAAUGGUGUCACAUAAUAUCUUGAUGCCUUAGCAAUAUUUAAUCACUUUGAGACUGAACAUAAAUGCAUUGAUAUCAUUAAAUGCGCAAUUAUUGCUGAAAAUUGA